AUGAUUUACUGGUCCUUAACAGUUACACAGGCUGUACCCACACCGUCCAAUGUUUACUACCAGCGUAAAUCAAUCCGAGAAUAUUGGAUCACGUUAGAGUUGGCUGUCUUCCAACACACCCGUGUGGAGAGUAGGUUAGUAUCUAGCGCGUUCACAAUGCUGAAUUGAAUACUGAACAACUCGGGAUAGAAGUUUAACAUUCAGGUCGUUAGAUACUCGUACGACAACAGGAAAACCACUCGGACUGAAGUUUAACAUUUAGGUCGUUCGCUGUGCUGUGUGUUUUGUCUGAAUGCAUAUAAAUACUCGUACGACAACAGGAGAACCAUUCGGGACUUUGACGAGCUAAGAAGACGUAUACUCCGACACGAUGGACGUCUUCGGUUUUAACAUCCCUGUUUGGGUAAUACUUCUGCUGACCGCCUGUCUAUUUUACACAUUUAUGAUGAGUCGUGACUUCCUGACGUUCAGGAGAAUGGGGAUACCGGGACCCACACCUCUACCUAUCGUAGGCAACGUGGUGUCCAUGAUGAGGCAGGGUUUGCGUGCCUUUGACCUGGAAGCGAUUCAAAAGUAUGGCAAAGUUUUUGGUCUUUACGAUAUGAUUGCUACGAAUCUUGUGGUAGCUGACAAGGAAAUGUUGAAAGAAAUCCUGGUAAAACAGUUUAAUAACUUCCCAGAUAGAUUGGUAAUAAAAGACUUCAAUGGAGAUAUUGAACAUAGCCUUGUGAAUACCAAAGGGGAGCAAUGGAAACAUGAUAGAAGCAUAAUCACUCCAACAUUUUCAUCUGGAAAAUUACGCAAGAUGAUACCAUUAGUCCAGGAAGCGUGUGACACACUGGUCAAUUCAUUUCGGGACUCCAUGAAACGUGGGGACGAAGGCCAAGUAGAAUUGAGAAGAUUGUUUGGAGGUUUCUCCAUGGACGUAAUCAGUUCAACAGCGUUUGGCAUUCACGUGGACUCCCAGAGUAACCCGGAUGAUAAAUUUGUAGCUCACGCCAAAAAUAUGUUUGAGUCCAGUACUAUUUCUUCGCCAUGGAUUAUCCUUAUUUUACUUUUUCCAGCAUUGAAGCCGUUAUUGCUGAAAUUAGGCGCAAGUAUUUUCCCGAAAGACAGCAUGGCUUACUUCCGCAAACUGACUAUACAGCUUCUAGAGGAACGGAGACAGAACAAGGAGACAGGUCGCGCUGAUUUCCUCCAAUUGAUGAUAGAUUCUCAGGAAGGUAAAGAGGACUCGGAUAAAAGUAACGAUUCCACAGAUCACAAAGUCUCUGGCCAGAAAGGUAUAUCAUUCGAAGGGAUCCUGGGAAACGCUGAAAUAUUCUUCGCUGCGGGGUACGAGACCACGUCAAUAACUCUGACAAUGAAUGCGUUCAACCUGGCAAUGAAUCCCGAUUGUCAGGAAAGGUUACGUCAGGAAAUCAAGGAAAAGAUCGGAGACGACAUGGUCGACUACGAGAAUGUUCAGAAACUAGAGUACCUUGAUAUGUGUAUAAGCGAGACCCUACGGAUGUACCCCCCAGCCAUGAGAAUUGAAAGAGUGUGUGUAAAGACUACAAAGGUCAAGGACAUCACAAUACCAGCCGGAAUGGCCAUAUCUGUACCAGUGUAUGCAAUGCAUCAUGAUCCGGAAGUAUGGGAAAAACCAGAUGUCUUUAACCCGGAAAGAUUUUCUCCAACUGAGAAGGCCAAAACCGACUCGCUAGACUACAUACCGUUUGGACACGGUCCCCGUAACUGUAUUGGAAUGAGACUGGCGUUAAUAGAAGCUAAAAUGGCAACUGCCUAUGUCGUACGCAAGUUUCCGGUUUUGUGUCGGCAGUAAAACUGACAUUCCGCCCAAAAUGGAGGAUGAGGAGAUAUUAAAGCCAACACAUCUAUGGUUGAAAUUGGAAGAAAUUGAAUGAGCCGUGCAAUUGUUUUUGUCUAUUGGUGAAAUCACGUCUACAUACAUUUCGUGUAACUGUCAUUGAUACAAGUCUAUUUUCCUAUCAAGUUUAUAUUGUAGGUACAUGUACAUUUAUGUAGAGAACUGUUUGUACGGAUUAUUGUCGUAUACUCCUUCUAAACCCUGUUUAAUGCUUCAUACUAAAUAAAUUAGCCGUAAUUAACAGGCAAUACCAAAAAAGAAAGGACAGUAAAAUGAGUGGCAAAUUUAUCGUUGUGCGUUCCAAAUAAUAUUUAUUUAAGAUUAUGGAAUGAAAAACAUACGAUGGCAAUUGUUUUUGCGUGAUUUUGUUUCAAUGAGCAUAAUAUAGUGAUUACAUGUAUCACUACGAUUGAAGGUCAUCAAUGAUUAUGGUAUUUCAUUCAAUUUUUAAAUCAAAAUACAGAAACCGUGCAUGGCAUGACAUCCUAGUCUCACCGUAAUUAAUCAACAAUCACCAAAAAUCAAAUAUGAGAGUAGCGUAAAAAUCCUACAUAACUCAAAUAUCUAUGUAUAUACAUACCAACUACACAUGCUUAAAGGCUGUGGCCUCUUUAAAUGAGAUUAAAGUUAUUCGUCUGUAAUGGCGAAAUAAUUAGACUGUUUGGAAUUGUUCAAUGUUGUCAAGAAGAAAGUGUUUGCAUAACAGAUAUUAUAACCGGUAACGUAAUGAAAAGUCUUUGCUUUCCAAUCAAGAACCAAUGGAAGCUAGUCGAAGUAAUAGAGACUUGCUGUUUUUAAUGAAAAAGAACAGGGACAGGAAUGAACUACGACACGGGUUAAUCGGCGUUACGUUGGUAACCCUUGAUGUGUCAGCGUUACCUUGGUAACCUGAAAAUAUGUAUUUGAUAAAGCAACCGAACUGUUUUGUUUGAACAACGCAUGCUGGAAUGGUCGGUGAUUUGGACAUGAACUGGACGCUGUGAUUUCACAACCGAACUGUCUUUAGCUACACACUUGUUUCGAUACUAAUUAUGAUUGUUCUUUGUAUCAAAUUGUCUUAAAAUACACCACAUCUUAUAUGA